GGACAUUAACAAACCCCAAGACAGACUCCGAGGAUGAAGGCUGGGCUUUCUACAGCUGCAUCUUCACCUCCUCUGCAGGGAAAGCAAGCUUCCCGAUGGCACACUCAGCCGAGUUCUCAUGGAUGGAGCGAGGGGAGGAACUAUGUGAUGCCGACUCAGAUGAGCGGGAGGAGCUGAGAGUUGUCCUGACAGAUGACGGUGCCCUGAGUGAGGACGAGGAAGCGGACGAUGUGCAGGAGCAGAAUGACGAUGAUGGGGAGCCAGAAGGGCCAUUCUCAGCCCGCUCCGAAGGGGACGAUUCCUGCGGGAGCUCUGAGAGGCCACAGGGGAGAUGGCGUGAUGCAGGUACGGGUGAGCAGGCCUGCGAUGCGGAGGAUAAGCCGUUCCGGUGCACUGAGUGUGGCAAGGGGUUUGCCCAGAGCUCCAACCUGAUCAAACACCAGCGGGUCCACACCGGGGAGCGGCCCUACCGCUGCCACCAGUGUGGCAAGGCCUUCACCUGGAGCUCAUCGCUGCUGGAGCACCAGAAAUCUCAUGCUGGCGAAAAGCCGCACAGCUGUCCGGAGUGCGGGAAGAAGUUCAGUCGUGGCUCCACCCUGCUGGAGCACCAGCGCAUCCACACCGGCGAGAAGCCUUUCCGUUGCCACCAGUGUGGCGCCCGCUUCAGCCAGAGCUCCACACUGGUGCACCACCAGCGCACCCACACCGGGGAACGUCCCUACCGCUGCGACGAGUGCGGGCGCAGCUUCGGCCGCAAGUCCACACUGGUGACCCACCGCCGAACCCACACCGGCGAGAAGCCGUACCACUGCCUGGAGUGUGGACGCAGCUUCGUGGUCAGCUCGGACCUGGCCAAGCAUCAGCGCACCCACACCGGCGGCCAAGGCCCCUACCGCUGUGGGGAGUGUGGGGAGGGCUUUGGCUGGAGCGCCGCCUUGGCUGCCCAUCGAGCCAGCCGGCAUGGUGCCGAGAAGCCCUACCGAUGCUCCGAGUGCGGGGAGGCUUUCCACCAAAGCGCCACACUGCUGGUGCACCAGCGCACCCACGCUGGCGACGAGGCCUUCACCUGCUCCGACUGUGGGGAGUGCUUCCUGGAGAGCGCCAAGCUGGCCCGGCACCGUCGCACCCGGCACAGCGCCGAUGGGGAGGAGAAACCUUUCAAGUGCUCUGAGUGCGGCAAGGGCUAUGCCCAGAGUGCCGGCCUGCGACACCACCAGCGAGAGCAACCCUUCCGCUGCCCACAGUGCGGCCUGAGCUUCCUGUGGAGCUGCCGGCUGGCUGAGCACCGCCGCAGCUGCCGCAUGGCUGAAAAGCCCUACAAGUGCCCCGAGUGCGGCAAGAGUUUCGGCCAGAGCUCCAAGCUUCUGCGGCACCAGGUGACUCACACCGGCGAAAAACCCUACAAGUGUCCUGAGUGCGGCAAGAUCUUCAGCCAGAGCUCCAAUCUGGCGGAGCACCGGCGCACGCACGCCGGCCAGAAGCUCCACCGCUGCGGCAUCUGUGGCAAGAGCUUUGCCCUGGGCUCCUAUCUGGCCAAGCACCAGAUCACCCACACUGGGGAGCGGCCCUACCGCUGCACUGAGUGCGGCAAAGGCUUCCGGCAGAGCUCCAACUUGAUCCAGCACCAGCGCACCCACACCGGCGAGCGUCCCUACACCUGCCCCCAGUGUGGUAAAAGUUUCUGCCAGAAUUCGCACCUCAUCAAGCACCGGCGCACCCACACUGGUGAGCGCCCCUACCGCUGCCCCCAGUGCGGCAAGAGCUUCCGCCAGAGCGCCAACCUGCUGGAGCACCAGAACACCCAUACCGGCGAGCGCCCCUACCAGUGCGGCCAGUGCGGCAAGAGCUUUUGCUGGAGCUCAGCCUUCAGCAAACACCAGAGGACGCAUCUCAGCUAGGGGAGCUGUGCUGGGACCUACCUGAGCCUGGGGCCCUGUAUUGGGACUCUGGGGUCCCCCUAUAUGGGGAUCACCAAGCCCCAUCUCCAAUUAUGGACUCCAUAUGGGGAUCCCCAGGAGCCAGGGCAACACUGGGACCCCUCCCUGCUUCCCCCCUCUCCCCUCCGAGCAAGGGGACCCUAUAGAGAGACAACCAGGACGUCCCAUGGACAUGCUGGAGAUCCCAGCCUAUCUUGCAUCAGGAUGGCCCGGGUUGUUCCUUUCCAUCACGGAAGCAGGAUGCAGCCAUGGCACAUGGAGGCAAACCAAGAUCAGGCCCCGUCAUGCCGGGCGCUGCACAGACACGCAGCGACUGAGAUCAGGCCCCGUCAUGCCGGGCGCUGCACAGACGCGCAGCAACUGAGAUCAGGCCCCGUCAUGCCGGGCGCUGCACAGACGCGCAGCAACUGAGAUCAGGCCCCGUCAUGCCGGGCGCUGCACAGACGCGCAGCAACUGAGAUCAGGCCCCGUCAUGCCGGGCGCUGCACAGACGCGCAGCAACUGAGAUCAGGCCCCGUCAUGCCGGGCGCUGCACAGACGCGCAGCAACUGAGAUCAGGGCCUUGUCACACCUGGUGCUGCACAGACACAGUCAACCACAGUCUCUGGUUUACAUCACUUACAUGUACUGCUGUCCAUUGCCUCCCUGUCCAAUGCAGGACUGGUCAAACAGUAUAUUGGCCCAGCCUUGUUCUGCAUAUCCCUAGUGGCUGAGAUUUCACUUUCUCUGUUGGGUGACCAUUGAACAACUCUCGUCUUUAGCAAAUCUUUGACACUGAAACUAAACUUCUCAUUUUGCUGUCUCCUUUGGAGUUUUGUUAUUAAGAAGGAUGGGGAAAUGAGAGAUUGUGCUUUGGGGUCUAAUACAACUAAGACUGCUAAGUAAUUUUGUUAACCACAGGGUGAAAGGUGAGGUGCUAUUGUGAAUCAGAAAAGAGCUAAGAACAGGAAAGUAAUUGUGGGAAGAAAUGGACAGUUUCCACAAGCUUCAAACCCACGAUUGGCUCAGGAAGACAGCAAAGCCCUAAUCACCAGGCUGCCAAAGACUGAGAGCCUCUUCCUGUAUUCAAAGAGCUAUAGAGGGAAACUAGAGACCUUUAAGCUUGGAGGAUUUUUUUUUGGAAACCUGAUCUUUGUGCCUAGCCUCCUUUUCGAGCUGGUCCCUCACCUUUUUUUGCUACCUGCAUGUCCAUCUUUGUCCUUUUGCAAAACUGGGUUCCAGCCCUCCACCAAUUCCUCAGGACUCUUCCACACUGUAUGUUGUUGGAUUGUGGAACUCCGUACCACAGGUUGCUGCUGUAGCUGAGAACUUAGCCAGAUUCAAAGAGGGACUGGAUGUUUAUGUGGAUAACAAGACCUGUAUGAUAGUAAAUGAUAAAGAAGCGGGUUUGGAAAGAAUAUUAAACCUCAAGUUCCAGGGUUUAAGGUGAUCUCUAGCUAUUAUUAUUUAGGAUGAGACAUUCAUGUGGGUAGAUGAUCCCAAACAUGGGUUCCUCUCUCUUUCUUCUGCAGCAUCUGGUGCCAGUCCAGUGUCGGAGAUAAGACACUGGGCUAGAUGAAUCCCUGGUUCGAUACAGUCUGGCAGUCCCAGGUUUGAAAGUGCUCCCGUCACUAAUAUGCCAUUAUAAUGAGAGCACCUAGGCUAGACAAAAUAUUGUAGAGCAGACACAGGCAGGGAAUGAUAUUCAUUCCUUCUGCUCUGAGACAGAUACCCAGACAACCUCACUGUAAGCAUGAACCGCUUUCUGGGAAAAGCUUUUAUUUUCUAACACGAUAAUCUAGGCAGCAUCUUUGAGAUUAGGCCAGGAGCCGGGCAGCCCAGACUCCUGGGUUCUCUCAGCAGCUCUUCCACUGACUUCCCCUCUCCCUGUCCAUCUGGGCUAGUGAGGAUUCAUCUAUGACUUAAAGAGCUUUUGAGUUCCUCGACUAGAAAUCCCUACAUCAAUGCAGAGUGUAGCGGCGAAAGACUCUUUUAUGUAGGUCUUUUGCAAGUGAUUUUUACCAAAGCUGUUAGGGGCGAUCUCGGGAAUGACAGACCAGUGAGCCCUACCUCUCCGUAUCUGUUAAAUCCAGUUGAAACAAUAAAAAUAGAGUUACCAAACAUCUAGAAGAUAGUGAUAUAUGCUAGUGUCUAACCAGCACGGCCUCCCCAAAGGGAAACCAUGCCUCACUAACCUAUUAGAAUUCUUUGAAUGUGUCAAUAAAAUAGUGACUAAAGGAGAA